AUGCCUAUCGAGAUUCGAACUGCGCUCGAGAGCGAUCUUAAGCGAUGCGCAGAGGUCGGGCACGUAGCUUUUGGCAAAAGCCCUUUCACUAAAAUUAUGUUUCCUGGUCACGUCCCGAAAGAUGGGUUCUUAGGGCUUCGUACAACCGACUUGAUCAGGCAGCUUCGAGACGACCCGACCGUUCGAAUGUUCGUGGCAAUAGACACGGAGCGAAGAGGUGAUUGCGCAAUCGUUGGGUUUGCCAAAUGGCAUGUCUACGAACAUGGCAUGCCUUUGAGCACGGGAAAACUGCAUUCAUGGGGCAAAAGUUGCAAUGAGGAGGCUUGCAGCUUGGUGUUUGGAGGCGUGGGAUUAAUGAGAGACCGUCUAAUGGCCUACAAGCCGUGCGUUUUGACAGAGCCCCAGUAUCAACACCGCGGCGUGGGGCAACAUCUCCUCGCCUUCGGGAUUCAGGAAUCACUCCGAUUAGAAGUUCCGAUAUAUCUUGAGGCAACAGAGGCUGGCCACUCUCUUUACCAAAAAGUCGGCUUUGACGAUAUCGAAGUACACCGCGCUGAUUUGACCAAGUUUGGGGAGCAGCGUCCUCAUAUGAUCUGGGGAAUGAUCCGGGAACCAUACUCCUGGUUUCCAUGA